UCGGCUCAUUUCUCCAUUGUUUUUAAUUUCGCACGUUGCCAGAUUUAGUUUUGCUUCCUAGUUCCUACGAAGGCGCUGACUGCUCCAAUACAGUAGCAAAUCCAAGAAGCCGUACACUGUUGUGCUCCAUCCUGGCGGCUUGGGAUAUUCUGGUUUUAAUGAAUUUUCUGUCACACUUUAUAGUGUAUGAUUCGGUUAUUCGGUUAUUCGGCUUAAUUUGACACACUUAUCUCUGAUAAACCCCCAAGUUUUCGGUUUAAUGAGUGUGCUAAGUUUUUGAACGCCGCUCUGUCCAUGAUGUUUUGGACUUGAAUCGCUGAUCAUUCGCGUUAAUCACGAGACUGAAAAUGGAUUCUCCGACAAGCGGCGCCAGACCAUGUUACUUUGUUGGUGACAUGGUAAUGUCCUGUGAUCCGUUGGUGUGGGUACUGGAGAGCAGCGUGUACAGGGUGCGCUGCGCUUACUGCUUCCAGGCAAGCCAGGAACUUCGAACAUGUUCGGGGUGCCAACUGCAUCGCUACUGUAAUUCAGUCUGUCAGACGGCUGACUGGAAAGUGGAACACAAAUUGGAAUGUGCCCUGCUGAAGACGCUCACGGGAACGCGCCCGGGAACCGAGCAUUGGUCUUUGAGAGAAACGGUAUCAGGCAACUAUGCUGUGCCUACGGGUAUGAUUGCCAAGUUGGCCAAUAAAAUCAGGUUGAACACGAUGAUGGACAUUCCGGGAAUCGGUCGGAAAUCGGCCAAAGAUCUGCUGUUCAUACUGCCAGCGAAUCCCUCGCAAGCGGAAGUCGAAGAUGAGCUGCGUCCAGCACUAUCCGCAAUGGAGGCGCGAAAUUCCCUGAUAGACGGCUUACCAGCCACAGAGUUUCUGGCGUACUACGGGAUUCUGCGUUACAACAUUCUGCCCAUCUACGAUACGUUUUCUGGCGCUGGCGAGCCCAUCGGCUUGGGAGUGUACCCGCAGGCACCACCGCGCCACAUGACACCGGUGUGCUGGGACAUCAAUGUGGUGCUGAACUGCCGCGGACGCCGGCUGGUUAUACAUGCCGUUGAAAACAUUCAGGAAUAUACUUAAAGAUCUGCGAUACAGCGACAAUCGGGAGCCAUUCUGUCUGACACGGGUGGAACGCCGCGCUAGAUUUGAGAGGCGUUUCGGUUAUCCGUGUACGUGUCGCCGAUGUACGGAAGAAUACGUACGGAUGCUGAGAUUAAUCCGUUACGCUGCGUAACGGUGGGCUGCACGAACCGAAUUCCCAGCGACAGCCGUGCGCAUCAACCCUGCUCGGAAUGUGGUGCCAUCAACAGUGAUCGGCUGAUGCAGUUCCGUCGGUUCAUCCAGCUGCACGAGACCAUUAUGGCGCGUUAUUUGCUGAAGCUUCCAGGGGGAAUUUUUAUGGAGUUCUGUAAAGAACUGGACGCUGCCGGCAUCCUGCAGGCGGAUGCGCAUAUCCGCUACGUCUACGGUUGGGAAUUACCGGAGAAACAUUACAAUGAAGACCGGUUUGAAGAAGGUUGGAAGAUGACGCAGGAGAUGGUUGCUUGUGUGCGGCAAAUUUUGUCAUUUCGGAAUGUAAAUUUAUAAAGCAAAUGGGCAUAUUGGGUUGCCUUUAGGAAGAUCCAUCCCAAGUAUGCGGUUAUGCGUGCAAUUUUACUGAUGUCAGCGGGGAAGUCAGCCGUUCUAGGACUGCACCGACGCGUGCUGAGCGGCUCGGAGCAGCAGUUGAAACCGGCGAAAAAGGAGCCGGAAACAGUAGCCAUGGAGGUGUGCUCCCUCGCCAUCAAAUACUAUGACGAAGCUACGGAUAUCUUGUCUGUGCUGUUUGGAAAGACGUCAAAAGAGGUUUUGACCGGUCGCGUUAUGUUUAUGCAGGUGGCAGAAAAAAUGCGUGCCAUCGAACAGGCUUCUCGCGGCAGCAAAUAAUGGGUGUUAACGUUGUCUUUUUCCUAAAUUGAGUGUAAUGCUGUUAUCGUUCCAUUAUGCACUGAGCAUGAUUAAUUAGCAAUUAGAAGGAGUGCUCUAAUAAGAUGUUUAACUGACAUGUGUGCCAGGCGAAAUUAACCACAUGCUGCCAGUGGGGAUUUAUGCGUGGAGUGUGUGUAAUUUCUUUCCUUUUAUUAAUUUCUUUUACUACGACCAAUUUUUAU